AUGGCCGCUUUCAGGGGCGCACGGCUGGGACUGCAAUGCAAGGUCGUUUGUCAAACAUCGGUCCGACACGGCGAAUUCUUGGCUAGUGAUUUAUCUAAACGUCUCCACGUUUCCUGCAGAUUUAUACAGCUGCUAUUAAAUAAGCAAAAUAAAGUCUUGCAGCCAAACGUUGACCUGUUGGCUCCGUGCUCAGCUUCCAGUUUCCACACUUCAGUGCACCGUUACAAGAGAGAUUAUUAUGAAGUUCUGGGAAUACCCAAAAAUGCAGAUGCGGCAGCCAUCAAAAAGGCAUAUUAUAAGCUGGCCAAACAGUACCAUCCAGACAUGAACAACAAAGAUCCAAAUGCAGCGAAAAAAUUCCAAGAGGUCUCAGAGGCAUAUGAGGUGUUGAGUGAUGACACCAAGAAAAGAGAAUAUGACACCUACGGCAUGGGAGGCCCUUCAGGGGCAGGGACAGGCCAACAGACUGGAGGCUUCAGGGCACAGCAAGGAUUUUCAGGCUUUGAGAACUUUCAGAGUCAGAUGGACCCAGAGGAACUAUUCAGAAGAAUAUUUGGCAGUGCAGGGAUGGGUGGGUUUGGAUUUUCCAAUCAAGAUUUUGAGGAGUCCAUGCAUGGGUUUGCCCCAUCUUCAGAGAUCAUGAUGGAUCUCACCUUUCAAGAAGCAGCUCGGGGAGUCAACAAAGAAAUUAAUCUCAAUGUCAAGGACACAUGUCCCAAAUGCCGAGGCAGUGGGGCAGAACCGGGUUCUUCCCCCACAAAGUGCCCUCAGUGCAACGGGACAGGAAUGGAAACAGUAUCAACUGGUCCAUUCAUCAUGCGGUCAACAUGUAGAAGUUGCUACGGCAAGAAAAUUGUAAACAAACAUCCGUGUACUGAAUGUCACGGCAAGGGAAAGGUCGUUGCCAGGAAGAGAGUAGUGGUUCCUGUGCCAGCAGGUGUGGAAGAUGGACAGACUGUACGAAUGCCAGUUGGAGGCCAAGAAGUGUUUAUUACAUUUAAAGUAGCAAAGAGCAAGAUUUUCCGCAGGGAGGGGGCUGAUGUACACAGUGAAGUCACUAUUAGUUUGUCCCAGGCCGUGCUCGGAGGCUCCAUCAGAGUUCCUGGUAUAUAUGAUGAUAUUCUUCUUAGCAUCCCAGCUGGCACCUCUUCCCAUCACCGCAUCAGACUUGCUGGUAAAGGCAUCUGUCGAGUCAACAGCUACGGCUAUGGGGACCAUUACAUCCAUGUGAAGAUCCGUGUGCCUGUAAAAUUGACAGAGGAGCAAAAGCUGCUGAUGCAGGCAUUUGCAGAAACAGAGAAGGAUGUGGAGGGCACCGUUGAUGGGAUGGCACAGACCAGGAAUGGCAUGCGUGCGAUAGAUGACCCCGCCGGGAGACUUGCUUACAUUCGAGAGCUGCUGACCUCCAGAAUCAAGAGGCACACUUCCGGAAGCGCGUCCAGCAAGGCGUCGGAGUCAGAUGAUUUAGGCGAAGCUAUGGGCAAGAAGACUUAA